GUAUCUCACCAAACACAUGAAACUGUAUCCAGAAUUGUACAGAAGUGACGUUUCGAUUCAUCCCAGUUACACGGGCCUUACGAACUUGCCUUAAGAACGAUGUUUCGUAACAAGUACCAGCACGGACUCCUGUCCAUUUUAUACAGCUGUGGUUCGUCCCCUUUGGAGUUGUGGGACAUGCAUGUGAAGAACGGAUACAUUCGAAGGGUGACGGACGAAGAGGUGAAAUCAUUGGCUCUGGAGUUGGCUGGAACGAACGUCACGACGACCUACAUCUUUUGUCCCGCGAAUCCAAAGAAAGUUCUCGGCGUUCGACAUCCCUUUCUGAUUAUGAUUGUGAAGAACAUGAAGAAGUAUUUCACGUUCGAGAUAACAAUACUCGACGACAAGAACAUGCACAGGAGGUUUCGAAUGAGCAACUUCCAAAGCACCACUCGUAUCAGACCCUUCUGCACGUCGAUGCCGAUCGGAUUGUCCGGUGGCUGGAAUCAAAUUCAAUUUAAUCUGGCAGAUUUCACGCGAAGAGCAUAUGGCACGAACUACAUUGAGACCACGCGUCUCCAGAUCCAUGCUAACUGCAGAAUACGACGCAUCUAUUUCGCAGACAGAAUUUAUUCGGAAGAUGAGCUACCAGAAGAUUUUAAGCUCUUCUUACCUAUCCAUCGAAGGAAAUGUGUUAGAGAAGAAGACGUGAAGUCGAAAUAUAAGAAGAAACCGGAGGUCGAAGUUGUGGAACCACCACCUUUUGAUGCGGGCGAUGCACCUGAAGACGAGGAAGGUGAGGAAGGUGAAGAAGCAUUGGAAGACGAAGGAACAAUCGAAGAUGAAGCUGCUCCCCUGGAAAAAGAAGCUACGAAAAUUGAGGCAAAGGAAGAUGAAGAAGAAGAAGAGGAGGGUGAAGCUGAGCUUCCAGAAGUAACAGAUUAUGAGGCAGAAGAUGAAGAUGCUGCAGAGUACGAAACCGGACAUGGAGUUGCUACUCAUGGAACGUCUCCGGGAUACGCAACGGAAGAGGAAACUGACGGCGAACAUAUAGCGGCUGAAGACGACGAGGAAGAAUACGAAGCUCAGUAAUGGAUAUAUGAUUCUACCUUAGUGUAUAUAUUAAUUAAUAAAAAGUUUAUUUUUAUGCAGUCUCAAACACCGUUAGAAUACUUUUCACUGUAAAUAUGUUAAAACCGAACUAACUUACCAGUUAUUUCACAAUAAAUAUUUAUAUCAGAGAAGCUUCUAUAAAUAAUGAACUAGAAGCACAUAUAGAAUUAUUAUGCAUAAAACUCUAAGAGGUGAUAAGAUAUACAAAUACUUUCAUUUUUUAAUUCAUCAUGUAGAUUAUAUAUAUUAUUUUUAAUAAAAAUAUAUAAUUGCAUUGAAAAUAUAGUACUAAUCACGGGAAGGUAUGUCUU